UUCUCAUUUCCUUUGUGUUAAGUACCUUAAACCUAGUAGCGUUGCAGAGGGCUGCUUCAACUUCCCUUCUCUUCAAAGAAAUGGCUCGGUAUGUUUUCCUUCCCUUCACACCAAAUCUCCACUUUCCCAAACCAAACACGGCCUUGUGUUUCGCUGCUAACCGAAAACGUUUCAUGGAUUCUGCUGAUCGAGUCAUGUUGGCUGUGUCAGGCAGUUGUUCUGCCAUAAGGAGCUUCACUCUGAAUUCUCCACUCCAUGUCGACUCAUCUCAUACCAAACGUUGGACACGUAACGUGCUGAACUUUAAAGUCUCGGAUUUUAUUCUUGACAAAACAGCUUUUGAGUCGCUAGUCUUGGAUGAAUCAGCUUGCAAAACACUUGUUGACCUGAAACUAGAUGGUGCUUUUAAAAUCCCUAUGCUUCUUGAGGACACUUCUUUUCCAGCUCUUAAGUCUCUCACUCUUGCUGGCGCACACUUCUGUAGUCUUGGAUCGUUUGAAAAGCUUAUUUCUGCUUGCUCUUUACUUGAGGAACUGACCGUGUAUUGGAUUUUUUGGGAACUUUGGAAAUGUUCUCACAUCCUGUCCUGUCCGAACCUUAAGAGACUUUCCAUUAUAUCACUUGUCAAUUUUGUAGUUGAGUUGGGGAGCAUGAGUUUUGAUAUUCCCAAUCUUGUCUACCUGGAUUACUCUGACGAUGUUCAGCGUCAGUAUCCAGUUGUUAGGCUUGACUCCCUUGUUGAAGCUAAACUCGAACUUAUGGUGAAAUAUGGAGAUCGUGAUGGUUGCGAUCCAUCGAAUCUUUUUAAAGCAUUGAGACAUGUCCAGAAGCUUAAACAAGUUUCCAUGCAGGCGGAGAUUAUAAGAAUAUAUGCUCAAAUUUUUGAUUACUACCGUGAAGCAGUGCCUGUGUUCGAAAACGUGAGCCAGUUAUCUCUUAUAACUGAUUUUGGCUUCUGUUCAUCUUUCUUGACUCUACCGUCUCUACCAUAUGUACUGAAGAAAUUUCCAAAUGUACACACUCUCGUCAUCGAGGGUCCCUUGUGCGGCCAUGAUCAUUCCAAAAUUGUUUGCGAUUGCUUCUCCGUAGAUUUUGUUAAACUAGCAUCUCCUGUGAAGGUUCUAGAACUAACAAUAAACAAAGGAAGUAGCGAUGAGAUGGAGCAAGUCAAGCGUUUCUUGGAGGACUUGUCAUGUCUUGAGCUCGUCAAAGUUCGUUCUUUCCCAAAAGACGACGAGGAGAAGUUGAGUCUUGCCACGCGUUUGCUCAUGCUUCCUAGAGCUUCUUCCAAAUGCAAGAUACAGGUCGAGUUUUUUUCAGAAACAUCUCCUCGUUCGUGUUCUUAUAGAAUGGGCAAGAUGUAGUAAAAUCUCGAUGGCUCACAUAUCAAAUUAUAUCAUAGAGAAUUUUUUGUGUGGGCCAUGCCUUAUCUUUCA